GCAAGGGCAACAAGUUGCCGCUGUAAUCGUUCCAUUGAGAAUGGCUACAUUGAUACUUCUAGCCAUUGCCUUUAUCCCAUUACUAAUUCCACGAGUAAUCAGAUUGGUGAAGUUUUUGAUACAGAGGUGGCGGAUUAAUAGAAUCAUCAGUGUCAUUCCUGGACCACCGUCGGUUGCGCCUUUCAUUGGAAAUACGCUUGAGUUUGUUGUCAGUCCAGUUAAGCUAUGGAAGGUGGUGCGUCGACUGAACGAAGAAUACUAUCCAAUCUACAAAAUAAUAACACCACGGUGGGUGGCAGUCAACCUUCGUCAUCCAGACGACGCAGAACUCCUCUUAUCGAGUCAGAAACACAUCGCGAAAGGAGAGAUCUACGGAUUCCUACAUCCCUGGUUCGGCACGGGAUUGUUGACGAGUGCAGGCCAAAAAUGGCAGACGAGACGAAAAAUUCUGACUCCGGCGUUUCAUUUCAGUGUACUACGAGAAUUCGUUGAGGUCUUUGAUCAGGAGGGCCGUCGUAUGGUGGAGAAUCUUCGAUCGGUUGGCGGGGAGACCACUGUUGAUCUUGUUACUUUUAUCGCUAAGUAUACGUUGAACACGAUAUGCGAAACCGCCAUGGGCACUUCACUAGUCGGAAUGGAGGCAUCUUCCGAGAAUUUUCAGAAAACCUACAGGAACGCUAUACAAACGAUGGGCCAUGUACUCCUCCACAGGAAAAUGAUUCAUUUCAGACUGUUGCGCCCUUGGCUCCACCUUGACUUGAUAUUCUUCCUGACGAAAUCCGGGAGAAUUCACGACAAAUGUCUCAGUAUUAUCCGUGGAUUCUCAAAAAAGAUAAUCAGAGAACGUCAGCAGUAUCACGAAGAGACACACGGCGUUUUCUUGAAGCAGCUCCAGCAAGACAAUUCCAUAUCAAAAAUGGACUUUCAACAAUCAUCAAAAAAGCGACUUGCUAUGCUUGACCUCUUGAUAGCAGCGAUGAAAAUACACAGGAAUAUCGAUGAGAACGGCAUCUGGGAGGAAGUUGACACUUUUAUGUUCGAGGGCCACGAUACAACGGCCAUGGGAAUUUGCUUCACUCUCCUGCUACUCGCGGAGCACAAAGAUUGUCAAGACAUUGCUAGGAAUGAGGUGGAUGAGGUGAUGAGGAAUCGCGAUGGAAAAAUGGGAAUCCACGAACAACAACACUUGCCUUAUCUCGAGAUGUGCAUCAAGGAGGGCUUGAGGCUCUAUCCGAGUGUGCCGUUUAUUUCUAGAAAUCUUGAUGAUGAUUUGCACUUGAAGACGUUCACAAUUCCCGCAGGAACGAUGGCCCAUCUUCACAUAUACGACCUCCACAGAGACCCAAACUUCUGGCCAGACCCAGAGCGUUUCGAUCCGGACAGAUUUCUCCCUGAGAACUGCAUCGGUCGACAUCCUUUUCAAUACAUUCCCUUCAGCGCUGGACCACGCAACUGCAUCGGCCAGAAGUUUGCGCUGAUGGAGCUGAAGACCCUCAUAGGGUACCUCUUGCAUAAUUUUUACCUCGAACCUGUUGAUCUUGCUGAUGAGAUCCCAUUGUUGCCGGAUCUUGUUAUCCGACCACAGCACGCAGCUCGAGUGAAAUUUGUGCCGAGAUAAAUCGAUCAAUUCGCGAUCGCAACGAAGAAGAAGGAGCCGCCAAGUGGUCUCUAAACUAACUACUCUUGGGGGCCAACCAAUGAUAUCCCUAGGGGAAACCAAUGAAUAAUAAAUAUUGUUGGUUGCAACACGACAAAAAAUGAAAAACCCCGAGGGAUGGAUAAUGUUUGAUCAUAGAUCAUAGAUCAAACAUUAUCUAUCCCUCGAAAAAAUAAAACAUAAUUUAUAACUCCACUUAUAAAUUUAUUUACUAGAUAAAUAAAUCAGUGCUAAAAGCCUUCUCUUUUUUAGA